GGAAAAAGGUUUUGACCAAUAAGAAGCGAGUUCUUUGAAACGCCCAUUCCGGCAGUUCACAAGCAGAGCUUCAUUUAGGAUACACGCUUUUCAAGGUGAACUGGUUGGGGAGGUGAAUAAAGAAAAUGGGGCUGCUUUCGGCCCUGACUCGAGGACUGGUCCGGGGAGCAGACCGCACAGCUGAGUUCACCAGCAAGCGCGGCCCCAAGACCUUCUACAAAAGCCGAGGAGCCAUGCCGGCCGGAGUGCUCACCUCCAGCAGGAAGUUCUUCCCUGUCCGGGAGAUGAUCCCCGAGUUCGUUGUACCCGAUCUGCAGGGCUUCAAGCUGAAGGCGUACGUGUCGUACAGGAGCCCGCCGGGUACAGAGCAGCCCAUGACUGCUGAGAGCCUCUUCAGCCAGGCUGUGGCUCCACACAUCCAGAGAGACUUAGAAGCCAGCACAUUUGACCCACAACAGCUGGAAAAAUACGGCUUAGAGAAGACACAGGACGGGAAGCUGUUCAAACUGCAUCCCAAAAACUUUGUACGUUAAAUGUGCUGCAGUGACGAUUGGACUGUGAAGGAAAAACGCUUUAGGAUUUCUGCAUGUAGACACCGGUAUUGUACUAUUGAAACCACAAUUUGUUUAAUUAAAAUUGACCUCAAAAUACAGAUCAUAUUGGAUAUUGGUGCAUUCACUGGCCAGGAACAGGCUAAAUAUCAGUUUUCAUCAAGUCCCCUAAAAGCAUUGGUAAAAAAUGCUUUAUUUAUAUAAUAUCUUUCUCUAACUCAGAGAUAGAAUGGGAUAACAAAAUGAUUAUACGCAAUAAAACUUAACAAAGAGAUAAAAUGACAGUCAUGAUAUGUCAGAAUUACACCCCCAGCUAUACAAUGGGUGUUAAACACAAUGAUGAUUGUGCAUUGAUUGGCGAGACAAGUCGAGGCAGGCAGUAUAUACUCAAACUGCUUAAACCCUAUUUCGACAGUAGUACUUUCUCUGCAUCCAGACGCAAAUGCAAUCUCUUUUUAGCACCCACUAACUAACUAACUGUGUCUGGAUAAGCUUUUAGUGAUAAAUAACAGUCUAGGACGUCUCAAGUGUGAAGAGAGAGUUUGUAUUGAAUACAAAAGAAACAAGUGACCAGGAAUGUCACAUUGAGAAAAGAUAUUGGAGUUUGGUUUAGUUUGUUAAUGGUAGCUUACAUCAUGGUGUAAAAA